AUGCUUGGGCUUUGGACGCUGCCCAGAAACCAUAUGCAUUGGCAGAGGUUAAAUCCCGAAGGUGAUAGGCUUACAGCUAGAAUGCAAGAUUUGGUUUCCAAACAGGGGGAUUUGGUUGGAGGUGACCACCCUCUACCUGCAAUAGCAGAAGUUGCUUUGUCUCUUACGUGCAGCUUUCCUUCUUCAAUUGCACUGAUAGUUGAUGAACCUGGGUACCCUGUGACGCAAAUAGCUGCCUGA